UUGGGCCUAGUCACAUGCAGAUUCUUUAAGAGGUCCUUGAAUCAGAUUAUGCAAAAAUAGGAAUCGGAAGAGUUUUCCGAGCAGAUGUUCCAAUAUUAUCUGGACUAUUAUCCGAGUUCUGUGACCUGCAUUGGCGCAAGCGUGAGGGGAGGGGCCACUUGUCAACGUCAAGGCUGGUCCGCCAGUCCACGUGACACAUAAGCCACAAAACACUCUUUCAUCUGCUACUUUGACGUUAAACAUAUGAUUAUUUAAGGGUAUUUAACUUUCAUGUUGCCUCAACUGCUACGUUGGCAAUCCUGGCCGCGCAUGCGCAUGAAAUGCUCAUUUUCUCAAGUUAAGUUAGGUUAAAUCGUGCAUGAACCCACCUGUGAAACCUGCUCACACGUGCUUCUAACGGCGCAAAAUUUUCUGUAGAGGGUAAAUAUGGAUAACAGAACACCAAGACACAAAACUGAUAGAAAUACUAAUAGACGUGUACUGAACUGCACAACUGCAUCAGUUGGAGGUCCCUCACUUUUAGCACCUUCAAAUGUUGCGAUACUCCAAUGUGCAAAAAGUGACGGUAGUAGAGAGUACAACGAGUACCUAGUAGCACAUAUGAAAAAAUUAAUUGUGAAGGAAACUAUAGACAAGCACCAAACAGUUUUGAACAGGCAGCUUCUCUACAGAAAUCAAGACUUGAGAAAAAAGAACCAGCAGGUACAUUCAUUAAACAAGGAAAUAGAAUUGCUCGAAAUACAAAACAAUGUUGGUGAAAUUUUGACAUCCUUAGAGAAAUAUGCUACAGAAUGUAAGACUAUCAUUAAUGGAUACAAACUUUACUUUGAGACAUUUUGGAAAUAUUUAAAGGAUGAGUCAGAGAAUGUGAAACUAGAAAAUGUUAAGGUCAUCAACAAUCAAGAGGAAUAUGAUAAACUAAUGAAAGUAUUAGAAAAUUUAAGGAUUGUAACGGAUAAGAUUGUUAUUUCCAAUAGAGAUUUUGAAAAAAUUCAUAAAAUAGCUGAAAGCAUUAGAAUUUAUAAUGAACAGAAGAAUAUUGUAAAAGAAAAGCAGGAACAAACACACAAGAGAUUUAAAAAUAUAUUUUAUGACUUUCUAGAAGAUGUGUCCAACAUGCUUGCUGAAAAAUAUGAAGAAUAGUUGCUUAUGUGUCAUUCAUUUUUUUGUGUUUCUCCAUUGCUUAUUUUAUUAUUAAUUAUUAAUUGUUGUAUUUACUUAAUAAAUGAAACAAAAAUAAAGCUGCAAAGCAUGUAGAAUAUUUUAACAUUAUUGAUAAUUUUUACAAAUUGCUACAUUCAAAAUUAAUAUAUUUGUAUAUUGAUCUAAAUCUAUUCAACAUCUUACUACUACCACUAUGUGUAUAGUCAAAUGGCAUAUGAAAUUUCCUAGUUUCUAUAAAUUUUAUCAUCC